GAGCUAAUAAGCGGUCGACCUGUGGUGAACUGGCGAUUGACAGUCGAGAGAUUUGUAGAGAGAGACUAUUUAGGCGCACCGAGCAAGCAUAUGAUCAGACAUCGCUCUGCUGGCUGCGGAAAAUAAAAGGAGACUUAGAGAGAGAAAGAAAGAGAGGAGGAGGAGGAGAUGGGUCGGGGGAAGGUGGAGAUGAGGCGGAUCGAGAACAAGAUAAGCCGGCAGGUGACGUUCGCCAAGCGCCGGAAUGGGCUGCUCAAGAAGGCCUACGAGCUCUCGCUGCUCUGCGACGCCGAGGUCGCCCUCAUCAUCUUCUCCGGCCGCGGCCGCCUCUUCGAGUUCUCAAGCUCCUCAUGCAUGUACAAAACACUUGAGAGAUACCGUACCUGCAACUCCAACUCACAGGAAGCAACACCUCCGCUAGAAAGUGAAAUUAAUUACCAGGAAUAUUUGAAGCUCAAGACCAGAGUUGAAUUUCUUCAAAGUUCACAAAGAAAUAUUCUCGGUGAGGAUCUGGGCCCACUUAGCAUGAAGGAGCUUGACCAGAUAGAGAACCAAAUAGAUGCAUCCCUCAAGCAUAUCAGGUCAAAAAAGAAUCAGGUACUACUCGAUCAGCUAUUUGAACUGAAAAGUAAGGAGCAAGAAUUGCAGGAUGAAAACAAUGACUUGAGGAAGAAGUUGCAAGAUACCACCAGCUGCUGCGGAGAGAAUGCGGUCCAUAUGUCCUGGCAAGACGGAGGGCAGUGUAGCUCCAGAGUACUACAUCCGGAGCAUGAUACCUCCAUGCAAAUUGGGUAU